GAAAAAUCCAAGGUUUCUUCUGUGUAGAGAGAGAGAGAGAGAGAGAGAGAGAGAGAAAUGGCAUCGAAUCAAAUGGAAGAAGUACAGAAGAAAUUAGGUACGCUGAAUUACCCAAGAGCAAAUGCCCCAGCCCAAUCGCUCCUCUUCGCCGGCAUGGAACGCUACGCGCUUCUCGAAUGGCUCUUCUUCAAAUUACUGGGUGAUAAAUCUCCAUUUUCGCAGCAGAAUCUACAAGGGGAUGCCGUGGAUCGGGACGAAGAAACCUCCAGGAUACAAUAUUUGGCCGAGAUUGCGAAGUUUCUUGGCAUUACCACGACUAUAGACACUGAAGCUAUCCAAGGUCGAGGAAGUUAUGAAGAUCGAACAGAAAUGCUGCGUCUUAUUGUCGAUCUCGUGGAGGCAAGCAUCUUUGCUGAUAAUCCUGAAUGGAGUGUAGACGAGCAAGUGGCUAAAGACAUACAACUAAUAGAUGCCAUAGCUGAGAAACAAGCUCAGAUUUUUUCAGAAGAAUGCAAAUUGUUUCCUGCAGAUGUGCAGAUCCAAUCUAUUUACCCAUUGCCAGACAUAUCUGAUUUGGAAAAACAACUUUCAGAUCAAUCCAACAGACUUCUGAGCCUUCAAGAGAUGGUUGAUGAUUUAGCUUCCAAGCAUCCGUAUAAUCCCGAUGAAGAUUACAUGGAGGUUGAAGGAAAGUUACGGGCACAUCUGGAAUCUUUUCUCGAAACUGCAAGAAGCUUUAAUACAAUUUACACCAAGGAAAUACGUCCUUGGACACAUAUGAUGGAGGUUCCGCAGCUUCAUGGUUUUGGACCCGCUGCAAAUAGAUUAUUGGAAGCAUAUAAGAUGCUUUUGAAGUUUUUGGGAAACUUGAAGAAUCUUCGAGACUCGCAUGCAGCUGUAGCAGUUGGAUCUUCGGAAACAGUGGGUGGCGAGCCAUCGUCGGUUAUGAGAAUAAUCUCCGAGUGUGAAACUGCGUUGACAUUCUUGAACCGGGAUUUAGGAAUUCUUUCCGCUUCAAUUGCUCGUGAAAAGGGUCAAGAUGCAUCUUUGUAGUUAUAUAUUUCCUCUUUGUUUUUUUUUUUUUU